ACUCAGCAACAUAUACUCGGCUCACAGUGAACUUGACACACGGGCUUACCAGCAAUCUUUGUAUCUUUUCCCCAAGUCUCGACCCCAUUCUUGUAUUUACAACAUACCCAAGCCACAACAUGGCGGCGGCAGAUGUCCAGCAACGACCUGUGGAAGAGGCAGCGCCUGCACUACCAGACUACCUCACAAACCCCAACGCUGUCCUUGGAGACAAGGAGGCCAAGUGGCGAUAUGGAAGAGCACCAGACUACACCAAAACGCGAAAAGUAUACGCCGAGACAAAGCAAAAGACACACGAAGCCGGGUCUCUGCCCCAGCUGGUCGAAAAUCUAGUCAAGAACUGGGAAGUGGAAGCGUCGUUUAAGCCAGACAUUUCUGACUGGCGCACCAUUGACACUGCAAACUACUCGUUUGCCAUUAAUGGGGGCGAGGCCGAGGGAGCAGAAGCUAUGCUCAAAGUGGGCACGUACAAUGCCGUUAUUGCACCAAACGAGUACUAUUCACCAGAAUACUCGGACUUUGCUUCGUCCCACAAGACGUUCAAGCGCAUGAUGCCGACGUUUGCGUGGGAGGUGCUCGAGGUAUACAGCGGACCGCCAACAGUCAGUUUCCGGUGGCGGCACUGGGGCAUCAUGAAGAACGACUAUGUGGGAUUCAACAACAAGGGGGAGAAGGUCACAGCUAAGGCGCACGGAGGGUCCAUUGAUAUCCAGGGCGUGACGGUUGCGACAGUCAACGACAAGGUGCAGUUGCGCGAGGUGAGGACGUGGUUUGACCCUAUGGACAUGUUUAGGCAGAUUGCGCCGCACGGUGUAGUUAGCAAGGAGAACAAGCUGGCCCAUGUAUCACCGGCGGAUGCGCUGGAUGAGGCGCAAGCUGGUGUCAAGGUGCCGGAGGAACAGGAACUUCCUGAUGCUACUGUACAGAGUAAAGAGGAGUUUGAGCGGACCAUUGCCGAGAUUGAUAAGAAAAGGGCAGAGGGGCAGAGAGCAGAAGAUGUACCGGAUGGCCAUGUUGAUGUUUCCGGUGCUCAAGGCGAUGUGGGUGCGUGUCCAUUCAUGGCUGGGGCGACGCGUUGAGUGAAAUGGAUGGUUAGAGUGACGAAGCUGUUGAUUACUACUCUGAUUAGUUGGAGGUUAGUAGGCACGUUUAGCGUAUCCUUUUUCUAGGAUCAAGAACUUGACUGUUUCGUGCAUACUUGUUGUUUCUCCCUGUGCUCGGACAGAGGGUCCAUAUGAGUCAAGUGGCGAACCCGCUCGCUUUUUUGAAAAGCAUCACGAUGGAUUAUAUGCCAAGAAAAGAAAACAGCG